AUAUGACAAAUGACUUUCACUGCUGCCAACAUCCUGUACACAUUUUUGUGUGUCCGCGGUCUCCACUAUUUUUAAGAAAAAAAAAAUAAAAUAUAUUAAAUCUUCAUUGAGAUUAAAGUUAUUUUAAUUAGAAUAUUGAAUUUAUUUGAAAUAAAGGUAUUUCCUCAGAGGGGCUGUAGAUUACAACAAGCCAACAAACGUUAGUACGAAAAAUGGAAUGUAACCCAGAAGUAUCGGCCUUGGUGAACGAACUGGCCCAAGCCAUCGAAAUCAUCAUGGAUCCCAACACGAGACACCAAUCCCGCAUGGAAGCGUAUGUGGCUUGCGAGCGGUUCAAAGAGGCCUCCCCCCUGUGCGCACAAGCCGGACUGUAUUUGGCAGGAGGGCAGUACAGCAAUAAUGUCAAGCACUUCGGCCUGCAACUAAUCGAGUACACAAUCAAAUUCAAGUGGAACGGCAUUUCACAGCAAGAGAAGUUGUUCAUCAAAGAAAAUGCCAUGAAGUUGCUCUUGUCCGGCAUUGGGCCAGCUGAGGACAAAAGUCUCACCCACUUGAAAGACGCUCUUUCACGAAUUAUUGUGGAGAUGAUUAAGAGGGAAUGGCCACAACAGUGGACCACACUACUGUCUGAGCUCUCAGAUGCAUGCUCCAAAGGAGAACCACAAACAGAACUGGUACUUAUGAUAUUCCUGCGACUGGUGGAGGAUGUUGCCCUGCUGCAGACGAUUGAGUCGAAUCAGCGAAAGAAAGACAUCUACCAGGCGUUGACGGUGAAAAUGAAUGAAAUCUUUGAGUUCUUCCUGCGCCUCAUCGAACUUCAUGUGACUUCGUUUAGGGAGACGACAGCAGUGAACAACAUCCAGAAAGCGAGUGCACACAGUCGAGUGGUGGAAAUGGUUCUGCUCACACUCACGGGCUUCGUCGAAUGGGUGUCUAUGAAUCACGUCUUCUGUCAGGAUGGCAAGCUGCUGUACAUACUUUGCGUUCUCCUGACAGAUCCGGCUUUCCAGGUCAAUGCAGCCGAGUGUCUGUCGCAGAUAGUCAAUCGAAAAGGACAGGCGAAAGAACGAAAGCCCCUGUUGCUGCUGUUUAGUGAAGAAACUGUCAACUAUCUGUACAGAGCGAGUCAAGAGGUUUCUCCAGAGACCAACAUAGAGCAAAACCACUUGUUCCUUAAGAAGCUCAUCAAUGUUCUGACGGGGUUGGCCCAUCAACUGGCUGGAAUGUGGAACAAAGAGGCUACAUUUCAGCGCCCCGUGCAUUUCGGGGUGUUCCUAGAGACCAUUUAUCUGCUGAACAAACAUCCCAGUCUGACCGUGGCACACGGAGCAACACUUAUUUGGAAUGUGUUAUUGAAACACGACCAGAUUUCUAAGGAUCCACUAUUCAUCGAGUACAUUCCAAAAGUAAUUGAAGUCGUCGGCCCGAGGGUUAUAAAGAUUUGCUACCCUGCCGAGAGGCCAACUGUAUUCAGCGUUUCCACGGAGACGUAUCUGUGUAUGGACUACGAUUCCGAGGAGGAGUUCACUGUGUUCUAUCAUCGCUGCCGAGCUGAUUUCCUAGAGAUUUUCCGUCAAGCCACUUUGAUUGCCCCACUGCGGACUUUUGCUUAUUGCGAAAACUGGCUGAAUUCAAGGCUUUCUAAGUCGAGAUCCGAAAGCUUAUCGAACUGCAGCAUCCACGACCCCAUCUACAUGGAGUGGGAGGCUUUGGUGGCCGUCCUGGAUGGUGUAUUAAGUCGGAUUUUGCUUGUAACUGAACGGCCAUCAGUUCAAUCCGGUCUGCGGCUCCUCGAAGACUGCCUGAAGGCGGAGAGUAAUGAUCCUUUGAUUCUGUCCGUUUUGUUGUCAUGCAUUUCGGCUCUGUUUGUUUUCCUCAGUAUGUCCUCGUGCCAGAUCAUCUCUGGCAAUUGUGUGGCUAUGAGUGGAGUGUCCCUACUGCCAAGGGUACUAGAGAAGAUAUUCUCUGCUCUGGUCUUCAAGAUUCCAAAUGUGUCCCCAGGAAUGAUGGUGAAAGACGCUCAAUCACAGUCUGCCAAAAAUCUACGACGGCAUGCGGCUUCCUUGAUGGUGAAAUUGGGACACAAAUAUCCUUUGCUCCUGCUACCGGUGUUUGAGCAGAUCUGUUCGCAUGUCAAUAGUCUGAUCAGACAGCCACAACAAAUCAGCAAAAACGAACAGUACACUCUGCACGAGGCGCUCCUGCUGAUUUCGAAUCAUUUUUGUGAUUAUGAGCGGCAGACUGCUUUCAUAGCGGAAAUAACACAAGAGGCACAAGUCAAUUGGCUUACGCUCAGUCCAGUUUACAAGUCCGUCGUAGAUUUCAUGCACUUCAUCGGUUUGGAUAAGACUCCAGUGCAGAAUAUCGAAGCUGAUCCAUGUUCGCCGAAUCGCAGCAAAGUCCUAGAAGCACUGAAUUCUAUACUGGGAGUUAUAAAACGAUGUUCCUGGCCAGAUGACCCAGACCGCGCAUCACGUGGAGGUUUCGUCAUUGGUUUCACCGAAUCUGGGAAUCCUAUCUGCCGUAACCCAGCAACUAAGCAUGUAGUACCUAUUCUGCCCCAUGUGCUAGCGUUGCUGCGUGUACUCAACGAAUUGUUCAAACCAGAGGCUUUGAAUUUGCUUGCGGAAGGCUUCAAAUUUGUCCACACAAUGUUGGAGCAUGAAAAGAAAACACUGAUGGGCGUUUCGCCGGUUCUGAUUGAUCCCAUGGAUCCGACUGUGAAGAAAAUUCCCACGGCUUUCGACAAGAUGCAGCAGUUCCUGACAAAUGUGUUUGAGGGGUGCUAUCACAUGAUGGGAUCCGCUGGACCCUCUCUAGGCAGAGACCUCUAUCAGCUAUCGGGCAUAGCAGAUGCUCUAAUCAAUAGUACGUUUGCGUGCUUAGAAAAUGUGCCAGACUACCGCCUGCGGACCAUUAUAAGAGUUUUUCUCAAGCCAUUUGUGUACUCCUGUCCACCGGUGUGCUAUGACCAGGUUCUGUUGCCCAUAUUGGCUCAUCUGACGCCAUUCAUGUUGUACAGGCUGACAGCGCGCUGGCGUUAUAUCACGUCCCUGUACGAGUCGGGAGAACUGAACGGCGAAGUCAAUGAUACUCAAGAGGUGCUGGAGGACAUGCUCAAUAGAACCCUUACUCGUGAGUAUCUGGACGUUCUGAAAAUAGCUCUUGUAGGUGGCCAAAUUGUAACAGACCAAUCUGGAGGCAAUGUUGACGUUGCCAUGGACAAUGAUGAACUUUCUAUGGAUGGCUCUUCGCACGCUCCCAGUCGUGCCACACACGCAGCUCUAACUUCUGAGGUGAUCAGUGACUUGGGAACAAAACUGCUGCGCAACCAUUCAACCUCCAGUCCCAUACUUUUAACAAUCCUCAGUGCGAUUUCGUGGAAUGAUGGCUCAUGUAGCUUGAAAGCAGUUCAACUUUCAGGACCCGUCAUCCGCUUCCUAGAUAGCGAAAACUUACUUAAUUCCCAAUUGGCAUCGUCUAUCCUCACCUCUGUCCUGCAGGGCCUCCAGGUGCACGGACAGCAUGAAUCCAACCAGUCGAGCUUAAUAACCCUCGGCGUGCAAGUCUUUGAGAAUUUGCGCCCCAAGUUCCCUUCAGUUCUCGAAGUGAUGCACCAAAUUCCCAACAUCAAUGCUGCAGAUCUGCAGAAAUUGGAUGAGAAAAUAUCAAUUGCCCCAACCAAAGGCAACAAAGUGGAAAAGGUCAAAAAGGACCUCUUCCGCAAGAUAACAGCCCAACUAAUUGGCAAAAGCAUAAACGAAUUAUUUCGCCAAGAAAUUCAAAUAGCCAAUUUGCCAACGAUGCCAUCUAGCAAUCACCAAUCCCUGAAUACGAAUAUCCUUGAAGCAAAUCAAGACACUGGAAUUUCGAAAUUAUUUUUACCACCUAAGAGUGUUAUAUAGAAUUAUUAAUUGAUUAACGGAUUUAGCACACGUACGUACACACUUAAAAUCCAUAUUGUUUUUAAUUUACAAACUUUUUAUUACAUAUAUGCCGGGUUUUUAAAAAUACGAACUAUGAAAAAAAAAAAACAAAAAGAAAACAAGAAAAUGUUGUUGCAUUUUUAUUUAUGAAUUAAAUAAAACAAGUAAUUAUUUAUACUGAAUCAAAUUUUUAAAUA